CGCCUCCACCGCCUCCGCAGCCUGAGGAGCUGCCUGGCCGCUAUCGUCACCGCCAAACUUUCAGGAGCCGCGGGAGCCGGAGCCUGAGCCCGAGCGGAAAGGAAGGGAGGAGUGUGCGGUGGCAGAUAAGCCGGGUCCUGCUUGUCCUGAGCCCCAUAGCCCCACUUCCUCCUCUGGAAAGGACGUUGCCACAGUGCUGCCAGCCUCACCCCUGCAGGCUCAGACUCCCAGCAAAGGCCAGCCGCUGUCCAGCCUGGGAGGAGUGGAUGGACGCUGGAGCCCCGAGAAGGGGAUAGUCACUGCUCUGUGCUCGGUGGCCCAGGAGCCUAGAUCCUCCUCUGCCAUCAUGCACCAGGACCUGAACACUCCCCCCACCCCACCCCAGAGUCUUUUACUUUGGUGCAACACACCAACUCCAGCCCAUGUUCUACUUUGUGGUGUCCCUUCUGUUCUUAUUUCUCCACUUCUGUCCAUGAAUGAGAUCAUCCCAUCUUCAUCCUUCUCUUUCUGGCUUCUCUCACUGCACAUGAUUUCUUUAGGCUCCAUCCAAGAUGAGGUGAAGAAGAUGAAUUCACCAUUUUUAAUAGUGAGUAGUAUUCCAUUGUUUAUCUAGACUACAACUUGCUCAGCCACUCAUCUGUUGUUGGACACCUGGGUUGCGUCCUGGUUUUGGCUAUUACAGAUUGUGCUGCUAUAGGUGUACACAGAUCUUUUUGGAUGGGUGUGUUGGGUUCCUUAGGAUCUAUCCCCAGGAGAGGAAUUGCAGGGUCACAAGGUAGGUCCAUUUCUAGCCUUCUGAGAGUUCUCCAGACUGCUCUCCAUAGGGGUUGGACCAUUGACAUUCCCACUGGCAGUGCAGGAAGGUUCCUUUGUCCCCACAACCUCUCCAGCAUUUGUUGUUGUUAUCCAUCCUGAUGUGUGACAUUCUCACAGGGGUGAAGUGGUAUCUCAUUGUCUUCAUUGGUGCUGAGUGGUUCUGCUGAGAUCUAAGACUGUUUAUUUUUUGUUUGUUUUGUUUUGUUUUGGAUAGAGAAAACAAAACAAGAGAAAAGAGGGCAAGGGAGAUAGGGAGCAAGAGAGGCACCUGCCUCACCUCUUGUGAAGCUCUCACCCUGCAGGUGGGGACUGGGGGUUUGAACCCAAGUCCCUGAGCAUGGUAACCUGUAGCUCAAACCAGAUGCACCACCACAUGGCCCCUUGUUUUGUUUUUAUUUGGAACCAGAGCCCUGGCUAUCGGCAGGUGCUUCCAGGUGCUGAGCCUGGGACCUCUGCCUGCCAAGCUCUGGCUCUGUCUCUGACCCGUGUCUCUCCUCCCAGGAACUUAGCUGCCACCACCGGAGGCCGCCCCCUCGCACCCAUGACCCCUCCCAAUGCCACCUGCUUCUCUGAUGAUGGUAUGUGUGUGGGCAACAAGACGGUGCUGGCUAACCCGCAGCUGAUGCCGUUGGCGGUGGUGCUGAGCACAGUGUCGCUGGCCACCGUGGGCCUCAAUGUGCUGGUGCUGGUGGCCGUGCGUGUGGACCGCAAGCUGCACACAGUAGGCAACCUCUACAUCGUGAGCCUGUCGGCCGCAGACCUGCUAGUAGGUGCUGUGGUGAUGCCUAUGAACAUUCUGUACCUGUUGAUGUGCCGCUGGUCACUGGGUCGGCCGCUCUGCCUCUUCUGGCUGUCCAUGGACUAUGUGGCCAGCACCGCAUCCAUUUUCAGCGUCUUCAUCCUCUGUGUGGACCGCUACCGCUCGGUGCGGGAGCCACUGGGUUACCUGCGUCACCGCACCAAGGCGCAGGCCUCGGUCACCAUCCUGGGCGCCUGGGUGCUGGCCUUCCUCUGGAUCAUCCCAAUCCUGGGCUGGAAGCGCUUCGGGGCACAGGGCGCCGGGCACCGCGAGGACAGGUGCGAGACGGACUUCUAUGACGUCACCUGGUUCAAGGUGAUGACGGCCAUGGUCAACUUCUACGUGCCCACGCUGCUCAUGCUCUGGCUCUAUGCCCGCAUCUACCGCGCUGUGCGCCGGCACGUCCAGCACCGCGAGCUGGUCGGCGGCUCCCUGCCUUUCUGCCCUGAGCUCCGGCUGCCCUCCGAGGCCCCCGGGAGGCCCUGCCGGGGAUCACCCUGGCAGGUGCUCAAGAGAAAGUCCCAAGAUGUGGGCAGUGGCGGGGACCCCGACCUGCAGUUGCCAUCCCAGGACCCGGGGAUUGGGCCGCCGCCGGACGCCCUGAGCCACUGGGAGGAUGACGGGCCGGGGGGGCAGCACCUCUGCCUCCCACUGGGUGUGGUGUCCCCCCCGCAGCUGGAUGACGGGCCCGACCCAGACACGCGCAGGGUCAGCAACUCUUCGGAGGCCACCACGCUGGGGGGCAGCCGGUCCUGGUCCAGGACAGACUCGGACACCUUGGGUGAACUGGGUCCCGGGCAACCCCAGGUCCGCAGCCGCUCGAGCAUCAGCCUGGACCACGUGAAGGCCGCCUGGAAGCGGCUGCGCUCCCACUCGCGCCAGUACCUGUCGGGGCUGCAGCUGAGACGACAGCGCAAGGCCGCCCGGCAGCUGGGCUGCAUCAUGGCUGCCUUCAUCCUCUGCUGGAUCCCCUACUUCGUCUUCUUCAUGGUCAUUGCCUUCUGCCAGCGCUGCUGCAGCGAGCAGGUGCACAUGGUCACCAUCUGGCUGGGCUACCUUAACUCCACGCUCAACCCCCUCAUCUACCCGCUAUGCAACGACAACUUUAGGAAGACCUUUCGCAAGAUCCUGCACCUGCCUUCCUAGGGCGGCCAGGUGGGACACACUGACCCGGGGAUGGGCAAGAUGGCAGGACAAAGGCCCCGGAUGGGCAGGAGAGGAGGGAUGGGGAGCUCCCGGGGACGGUCAGGAGUGUAGGGACACACUGACCCAGGACGGGUAGGAGCAGAGGAACGGGGAGCCCCUGGGGCCAGGCAUAAGGCUGAUGCAGGCAGACAGACAGAGAGAGUCUGGGGGCUUUGGAGAGACAGCCUAGGGAGGGGCCCCCUGGCAGAGGCAGUGGAAGGUCCUCCCAGGAGCAAUGAGUCUGUCAGAGCUCUCCUGCAGCUCAGGGAUCCAGCGCCUCUGACUCGAGCUAUUGUCCUCCAUGCUCUGAUUGCUCAGGGGACACUUGGGCCCUCGCGAGCCUCCCAGAGGGGAGCCGUGUGACCGUUUGGUGGCCUCACAGAGCAGUCUAAUGCUGCUCUCACCCUGGGGCCCCUGGAGCGAUGCCCCCCUCAAAGACAGUCUCAGAAUCUCUCAUAGCCCCCCACCCCAUACACACACACACCAGAGCUGCCCAGAGUGCUGCCUCAGAUCCCUGGGGGCUUGAGCCAGAGAGGUCAGAAGCUUCCAACCUGUGUACUUAGCACCAUCCACCCCAAACUCCUUGGCUCUUCAAAACAUAUAAAUAUGAUGAGGAUAACCGAGAAAAGGGAUGUCCACACCCGCACCUGCACUACCGGGGGAGACAGGGAAAGAGUCAUGUUUCUGAAUGCUGCACCAGGUGUGUGUCACUGGGACCCCAUGACACCCCACAGCAGAAGGGUGACAUCUCUGCAGGAGUAAAAUAAGGCAGAAUAAGGAGAGAGAAGUCACGUGGCCUACGUGAUGGAAUCAGAAUGCAAACCCACAGUAACUUGCUCUUUCUAACACGUUUCUUCCAAAAAGCAAGUACUUGUCCUGUCUCUCUCUUUCCCUCUCCCCUCAUUUCCCCCCCCCAUACACACACGUCCCUCAAGAGCAGCUGGUGGAGGGGUGUCUGGCAGGAGGGGACAGCAGGUGGCCCACUGAAGCCACCCGGUACAUUUUCCUCAGUGAGUCUCCCAGUGUGUUCAAGGUCUCCAUGUCCCUUCAAAGUCACACUUCUUGAGUGAAAACUUGUCCAGGCCUGAAGACAGAUGCUUUGCCUACUGGCUGCAGUCUGCGUUAUCAGAAUUGAUGCCAAGCUGACGUGGAGGCCGUGAGUGCGACGGCCGGUGCAGGGAGCCAUGUGGCGCUCCUGCUCAGACAGGGGGCUUCUGCUCCCCCAAACUGUGAGUACAGGAGCUAGACAGUGAUGAGUCUGACUUAUUUAUUUCCACCCUUUGGAAAAGCUGUGAGACUGAGACAGUGUGCUGACCGUCAUUGUCGAAUGUGACAGGUGUGAAGCAGACAUCCUCAUCCCCUGGGGGAAUCUCUUCAGGGACAGGCAGGCUCUGUGUGACAAGUGUCGCCCUGUCCUCCUCACCAUGCCUCCCACUCUGAAGCUGGGGCUGCUGAGGAGACGUGGUGCUGGUUGGAGAAGCUUCAGCUGGUCUGUUGGCAGGUUAGAAACUGUUUCUCAGAAAACCUGGAGUGCAUGGCUGCUGCAGGCCUCUCAGGGUCCUGAGGAGUCCCCAGGCCACCUCCACACACACACACACACGGACACAGAAUCAUAAUGAAUAAGUGUGUGAUGAACUUCACACAACUCAUGAGAAGUGGCUGGAAGCUCUGACAGAGGUCCUAGUGCUGGCACUGAGUCUGCCUGGAGGAAGGUCACUCAGUGUCAAGGUGUGACUGGCACGUCUGUGUGUCACCAAGUACAGUGUUAGGGUUCACUAUGGCAGAACAUUUCCCACAGGUCACUCCUCAGGCUCCCUACUGACGCCUACUUGACCCUUUGCAACAAGCUGGAGAGGGAGAGGUCUUAGUUUUUACAGAUGGACACAGGGAAGCCCAGAAAGGCCAAGGACCUGCUCCAAGAUCCCUUCUGGAAAGUUCUUCCAUCCCAUUCCCAUCUGGAUGGCUGAGCUACUCUCUAGUGCUGUGGCGGCAGUGGACAGUGAGACUGUGAGUGGAGAAGGCCCAGCCCCAGCCCGCUGGCUCAGGACUCACAGGACCCACUGAAACCAGGUUUCCAACAUGAAGGCAAAAGCCAGCACCUUCUCAGGGGAGGUGGCCGUGGAGACCUGACCUGGAUGGGCCUUGAAGAUGCCGGCGCUCCUCCUGGUGUCUUCUGAUGGGCUGAACCCUAAUGAGCCUACAGUCGAUUCUCCCAAAGGCCAAUUUGCUGAGCUCACCCACUAUUUCAGUUUCUUUGUAAGCUCUGUUGAGGCUGGCCACGGUGUGCACUGGGUGAGACUCUUUAAGACCAGAAUCCCGCCACCAUGGAGAAGUUGUGUCCAGCCUCUGGGUGAGGAAGGGUCCAUCUCUGUCCCUGCUCACUGCUCACUGCUGCUGUGGGGAGGGACAUCUGGGAGAGAGAGGUGAAGAGUAUAUGGUGAGAGAAAGGAAGAACCAACCAGGAUAGAAAUAAGAGAUCCCUGGAGAGUGGGUGGUCAGGGGGUGAACUAAGAUGAGGAGGCAGGUAGGACCACCAAGGAAAGAAGAGAAGAAGGGAGAGAAGCAGAUAGACAGAAGUGGUACAGGUGGGAGCAGAAAGAGACAGAGGAGGGAACAUGGGGCCGGGGGGAGGGAACAGAGGGAGGAACUGAGCCGUGAGAAGGAAGGGGGAGAAGUAGUGGACAGUGGGGGCACGAUACUAAUAGACUCGAGAAAAACAUCUCAGAAGAGCAUUCUUCAUGGGUGUUCUCAUCCGCCAAAUCUACUGAAAGAGAGAAUAAAGCACCUUUAGCUUUUGACUCACAGAAAACCCUUGCAAAGCCUCACCGCAGAACAGAGAGCUCGACUACAGUGUCACUUGCCUCUUUGGAAGCCCGUGAAGCUGUCCCAGCCCAGAGAAACUGCUGCAGAACUUCAGACUCUGGGCACAUCCAUUCAGUGUUCUUGCAGAAAGCACACAGGUCUGCCCUCGGUCACUCAGUGAACUGGUCCUUUUCUCGGUGGAUGUGAUGCCCAUGCCCAUCACUAAUCUGUCUUUUGAGGCUGGACCUUUGGGAGGCAGAUUUCAGGCCCCACACUGGGCGGGAACCAUCCAGGGACUGUCCCAAGUGCUGUGAAGAACAGUGCUGUGAAGAUCAAACCCACCAGCAGCCAGGAGAGGGGUGUGAUGUCAGAGUGCAGGACUUGCAGGCAUAGGUCCCCAGCACUACAUAUGCCGGAGCCAUGCUUUGGCCAUUGUCUUUCUCUGUGUUUCUCUGUCUCAUGUUAAUAAACAAGUGAUUUUUUUUUAAAAGACUGGAUUUGCCAACAUCUGUCAUUCUGAAAUGUCUUGGGUUUUCAAAGCCCAGGAAGUUGACCCGUGGCAUCCACUAUGACAAAGGCAUGCCCUCAACUGAAUGGCAAGGCUGAGACAGGUGGUGAGACAGGCUGGUCUGAAAUGCUGGCCUGGCAUCUGAUCACUGGGGUACCCCCAUUUCUGAC